AUGAAUUAUAGUAAUAAAAAUAUUGAUAGUAAUAAUAGUAGUAGUAGGGUUGGUAGUUAUAAAGAUGAUGAUGGUGAUGAUGAUGAUGAAGGUUUAUAUGAGGGACCUAUAAAUGAUGAAGAAAAAAAAGAUAUUGAAAAUAAACAAAGACAUUAUAAUACAAGAAAUAGCAGAGAUAGUAGAUAUAAUAGAAGUUAUAGUAGAAGUAGAAGCAGAAGUAGAAGUAGAAGUAGAAGUAGAUCUGAUAGUAGGGAUGGAUAUAAUAGAUAUAGCAAUAGAGGAGGAGGAGGAGGAGGAAGAAGAAAAAGUUACAGUAGAAGUAGAUCAAGAAGUUAUAGUAGAAGUAGGAGUAGAAGUGGUUCAAGGGAAAGAUAUAAUAGAAGAAGAGACUAUAAUAAAAGAAGAGACUAUAAUAAUAACCACCACAAAUCAUCAUCAUCAUCUAAAGGCGAUGAACCUACAAAUAUAUUAAUGCUAAAAGGAUUAAAUAAUUCAAUAAAUGAAGAGAGGUUAUCAGAUUUUAUGAAAGUUUAUGGUGCAUUUGAAUCACUCUCAAUUAAAUAUGAUAAAAAUGGUGAAAUUAGAGGUUUUGCCUUUGUAAAUUACAAAACAGUUGAAGAAGCAUCCACAAUACUAUUAUCAACUGGUGGAACUCUAUCAAUCGAUGGUACUAGAAUUUAUUUAUCCUAUGGCAUACCAGAAGUUACUUAUGAUUGGAUUUGUGAAACUUGUAAUAAUUCAAAUUAUUCAUGGAGACCAUCAUGUCAUAAAUGUCAUAGUAAUAUAACAAGAGAACCAAGAUGGGUUGUAAAUCAACCUCACCAAUCUCAACAAUAUCAAGAGAAUUUCAUUCCAAGUAAUACAUUAAUACUUCGUGAAUUAUCAUUAUUGGCAACAGAUGAAAUAUUGGCACUUUGUUUUUCACAAUUUAAUAGAAAACCAAAAAGAGUGUCAGUUUCAAAGAAAAGAAAUAAUUGUAUUGGUUUUGUUGAAUAUUAUGCAAUAAAUGAUGCAAUUGAUGUAUUCACACAAUGUCAAAAAAAACUACCAUACAUUUGUGAUGGUGUCGUAGGUAGCAUCUCUUAUGCAAAGAAUAAUUAUGAAAAUAGUAGUAAAAAAGAAGUUUUAGAUCCAAAUACAGGUUUAACAAAAUCUGAUAUGGAUCAAUGGUUAAAUAAUUAUGGUGCAUCAAAUAUUCCAAGUGGUUUUAAUUUCCAUGCAGCAUCUGGUUAUUAUUAUAAUCCAGAAACUAGUUAUUUUUAUGAUCAUAGUAGUGGUGUUUACUUUUAUUAUGAUAAUAAUUCACAAGCUUAUUAUUACUAUGAUUCAACAACAAAUUCCUAUUUACCAUUCAUACCAAAAUCAAAUGAUAAGGCUAUUGAUCAAAGUGGUACUGAUGCAAUCAAUACAACAAUGACAUCUUCAACAACAACCACAACCACAACAGCAACAACAACCACAACAGCAACAACAUCAUCACCAUCAAUAGCAACUUCAACAUCAACCACUUUAAUGACAAAAACUGAUACACCAACAAAUGAUCAAACAAAACAAGAAGAUAAACGUAAAGUUGUAUCACAUGUGCCAAAAUUCAAUUCAUUUUUAAAGAAAAAGAAUAACAAUGAAAUUGAAAAAUGGAAAUUAAAAGCAAGUAUUACAGAAAAAGAAAUAGAAAAUGAGAUGAAACAAAAGGAGAAAGAAUUAUUGGAACAACAACAAUUAGAACAAGAACAACAAUUAGAACAACUUCAACUUGAACACUCGACCAAAUCUUUGAAUACAGAAGAAUAUGACCCUUUAACACCAGAUAUAAUAUCAACAUCAACAUUAACCACCACAACAACAGCAACAUCAACAUCAACAGGAAAACCAUCAAUAGGAUCAUUUUCUAUUGGAGGUAAUAGUAAUAGUAGUAGUAGUAGUAGUGGUGGUGGUAGUAGUAGUAGUAGUGGUGGUGGAAUUAAAUUUUCAAAGCCAACAACAUCGGCAAUAAAAGUUGUUUCGCCAGUAAUAAUUAAAAAACAAAGUUUAUUUUCAAAUGAUGACGAUGAUGAUGACCAAGGUGGCGAAAGUCAAAAGCAAAAUACUAACAAUAACAACAACAACAACAACAACAAUAGUAAUAAUCAGUCAACACAAGAUCAAUCAAAAAUUGUUCAAAGACAAAUCAUUUGUAAAAUAUGUGAUAGAAUGUUUAUAUCAGAAGAGGCAUUACGUAAACAUGAAAAAGAAUCAAAAUUACAUCAAUCAAAUUUAGAAAAAUUGAGACCAAAAUCGUCUUCAUCAUUUUCACCAUCAUCUUCAUCAUCUUCAUCACUCAAUAAUAGUUAUGGUGGUUUUGGUGGUGGCGGUGGUUUUGGUAGUAGUAGUAGUAGUAAUAGCAAUAUCAACAACAACAACAACAAUAAUAAUAAUAAUAGCGGAUUUGGUAAUAAUUCAGAAUCUAAUAAAAGAAAACAAGAUUCAACCUUUGGUGAAAAUAGUAUUGGUGUUAAAUUAUUAAAGAAAACAGGUUGGAAACAAGGUGAAGGAUUAGGUAAAAAUAGUGAUGGUAUGACCUCAACAAUUCAAGUUACAAUGAAAACAGAGAGAUCGGGUUUAGGUUCACAAACAAAUAUCGAUCCACGUUUUGUUAUUCAACCAGGUGAUGACUAUCAAACAAGAUUAAAGAAAAAGAAUUUUCAAAGAUUUCUUUCAGAAAAUGGUGGUAAUGGUUUAGAUGAAUCAAAUCCUUUUUUUAAAUAA